AUGGGCCCCAAUGGCUCCCCAAAUUCCAGCGGACCAGACGAACUCCUCGCGACGUCGUCCUUUGCGCCGCCUUCUGCCCGCUCCUGCUCGGCCAUCCGUUCCUUGACUUAUUCCAUUCUCAAAGACGCCGCUCAGCUCGUAGACUCUGCCGCUGUAAAUGCACAGAUUCAAGCAGUAGAGGCUCAGGCUCAGGCUCAGUCGAAGGCGAAAGAGCAGGUCAGGUUCACUGCUGCUGGCUUCGUGAGCUUCAUUCGAAGCUACGAGAAUACGGAACCUGUGGUGCCUCUUCCAACUCUUCACGAAUGGUGCGCAGAGCACAACCUCCAAGUCAAUGAACCUCAAACAAGUCUUCGAAACAUUGCCACCGCGCGCGUGCUUUGCUCGCGAUUGAGUGAUGUGGACUUUGAGCGAUUGGCCACAGACUUGGCGGCUUCAGAACAACAUCGUCCUACACAAGCGCAUGUCCUGGAGUCCUUCCGGAAUACGCAUCGCGAUUUCCUACCGACCGCGGGUUUUCUCGACGAACCAGACUUUCUGAAGAAAGCGUUAGCUGUCGCAGUCGACUCCAGCCAGCGUCAGCAAGUCAAGAAAGUCGCGCCUCCUGCUGCACUGAGUGGUACGCUGCCGGCUGUUCCAACUGGGGCAUUCACAGCGCCGCCAGUAGACCGUGGCCUCACUCCCUUGUCAAGCAGUGCCACUUCUGAAGAUGCUUCUGCUGCUCACCUCCAUCCUCGCACCGAAGUCUUACGCCCAGCGACAUCUGGCAAGGCUGCAGAGAAGGAAUUUUCCAGCGGCUUUCAGCAAGAUCCCUCGACUCCCUCAAGGCAACCCUCUCUCGGCUCGCUUCUAGGAUCUCCGCACCCUCUGCCUCAAAGCAACUUCCGAUCUGCUGGACUACGUUCCAUGAGCCCUGACCCGAAUCAUGACUCUCGUGGCACUCUGUACGAUCAGUCACCUCUAGAUACCCUUCUCGGAGGACGUUUCCGUGCGGAUCGAUCGCAGCCUGUGCCUGAUCUGCCACCUCUUCAGCCUUCAAUUUUUCUAGGGGCGAGCAAGCAAGUGGACUCCGAUGCUGUGAAUGCUCAGAUUCGAGCAGCGAAACCCAAACCGAAGGCUCCGGAACACGCCAAUGCUGUCGUCACUGAAUUCGCCAAGUUUGUGCAGACUUAUGAAGAUCGCGCGUCCAUUGUACCACUGGAUGCGAUGCACCAGUGGUGUGCGGCUCGAAAUGUUCGCGUCGACGCGCCCUAUAUGAAGCUGCGAUGUAUUGCUGCGACUCGCAUCAUUCGUUCGAAGUUGGCUACUGCUGAUUUCGAGCGGUUUGUCGCGAAUUUGAGGGCUUCAGAGAACGACCCAGAAGCGCGAGCGCAGGUCCCAGUGGCUUUCGCUGGAAAGCCCAUGGAUCCUAUGAUCGCCUUCUGCAACUCAUUUAAACGUGCGCUGCCCGGCGCCAGUAUCGAAACCCAGGAUCCGGCUGGAUAUCACGCCUGCAUUCGGAUUUUGCGGCAUCAUUGCAAGCCUGAGACUUUUGAUGGUGUUGUGGCAGAUUUCCGAGCCUCAAAGCAUUACCCCCAAGCACAAGCACACGUCGUGGCAUCUUUCCGCAGAAGACACCAUGAUUUCCUGCAGGCUUUUGGAUUCCUUGAAGAUCAAGACUUCAUCAAAGAGGUGCUGUCAGUCGCGGCCGACUCCCACCAGCCUCAGAACGUCGAGACCACACCCCCCGCAGCACUAGGCGGUGCACUUCCACAGCAGCCUAUGUGGGCUUUUGCAUCGGAAACAGAACGACAGCAAGACGAUCGUAAUCAGGCCAUGGCGUUCGCCCUCGAGGACACUGAUCCCGUAACCUUGGGCACUACUAUUCUGCGCGCUGUUUUUGAGCCGAGUAAUGUGCCUUUCCCGUUCACCGACCACUGGGCUCUCAAACGCAAGACUCCAAUUGCUUAUAAUAAGCCCGACGUCCGGCCACCGCCAUCUCACGCACAAAUUCUCCCAAAGCCUCUCGCACCUCUUUGA